UGGUAUCAUAAUUAUUCUUGCGGACAAGUGACUAUGACUUUUACAGGGGAUUCCAUGAUCAAACUGUGUAAGUAAUCAAGGGCUUGGUUCUGCAGUAAAACUAAGCAACAAUUUCGUUACAAACGUUGAAGAGAAAGGGGGAAUUGCGAUGAUAUUUGAACCGAUUUGAUCUUCUUCUUGUUCUCAUAUCCAUUACCUGACAUCAUAUGUGAUUGCAAGAGGAAGACCGAUUCUUGAAUUGUUUGUUUUCUAUGGCUGAGUUUGGGCAUAUCUUCCCACGUCAUUCUUUGCAGUUUAAGGGGACAUCAGCGGCCAUUCUUUCUGACACAAGUCUCUGAACACACGAUCCUUUCUGUCUUCUUCCUUCUUCCGAUUCCCAUGACCACCGCUCAAUUCAUCCUGCUGCUACUCUGUUUCUUAAAUGCCGCACGCGCUGACCUCCCCGGCGCGUGGGAACUCCUCGUCGCCGACGCCGGCAUCGCCUCAAUGCACACAGCGGUCACGCGUUUCAACACGGUCGUCCUCCUCGAUCGGACCAACAUAGGCCCCUCCAGAAAACUCCUCCCCCCAAACCACUGCAUUGUCAGCCCCACAAAUCCUCGCCGGAAAGACUGCACCGCCCACUCGGUCCUCCUCGAUUUACGAACUAACGGCAUCCGCCCCUUGACAAUUCUCACCGACACGUGGUGCUCAUCCGGCCAAUUCCUCCCCGACGGCAGCCUGGUCCAAACCGGCGGCGAUUUGGCCGGGUUUAAGAAGAUCCGCAAGUUCAUCCCCUGCGAACCGGGUUCUCUCUGCGAUUGGGAAGAACUGCAGGAUGUUCAGCUGCACCAGGGAAGAUGGUACGCCACUAACCAAAUUCUACCCGAUGGUUCCAUAAUUAUAAUCGGCGGAAGAACAGCCAACAGUGUGGAGUUUUACCCACCGAAAUCAGAGAUCGGUGCUGUAAAUUUGCCCUUCCUGAGCGAAGCCGAAGACAAUCAAAUGGACAAUCUAUAUCCCUACGUUCAUUUACUCCCCACCGGAGAGCUCUUCAUCUUUGCCAACAACAAAGCCGUAUUGUACGAUUAUUCUACCAACAAAGUGGUCAAAACUUACCCAAUUCUUGAGGGCGGGCCGAGGAAUUACCCAUCGGCGGGAUCGUCGGUGAUGCUUGCUUUGACCGGAGACUACUCGGCGGCGACGGUUGUCAUCUGCGGCGGAGCAGAGUAUGGUGCGUAUUUGCAGAGGAUGGCGGAUAGUCCGGCCCACGGUAGUUGCGGGCGGAUCGAGGCAACCCGACCCGAUCCGGUUUGGGAAAUGGAGGACAUGCCGUUUGGGAGGAUCAUGGGGGAUAUGGUAAUGCUACCCACCGGUGAUGUUUUGAUUAUUAAUGGAGCUCAGGCCGGGACCCAGGGUUUCGAGCGAGCUUCGGAACCGUGCCUGUUUCCGGUUCUGUACAGACCGGAUCAACCCGCCGGACUCCGGUUCAUGACCCUGAAGCCCGGCUCGGUUCCGAGGAUGUACCAUUCGACGGCGAAUUUGUUGCCGGACGGAAGAAUUUUGAUCGCAGGGAGCAAUCCGCAUUACUUUUACAAAUUCAAUGCCGAGUUCCCCACGGAGCUGAGGAUAGAAGCGUUUUCGCCGGAGUAUCUGUCGCCGGAAAAGGCCAAUAUUCGUGCGGAGUUGCUUGAUUUGCCGGAGAAGGUAGGCUACGGGGAAGUGUUCGAGGCCGCAGUGACGGUGGAGCUGCCGGUGGUGGGGAUGAUGGAGGUAAAUUUCGCGAGUGCUCCAUUCGCCACUCACUCGUUCUCGCAGGGACAGAGGCUAGUGAAGCUGUUGGUGGAAACUCCGGCCGUGGACGGCGGUGGCAAAUACAGAAUUAAAUGCACCUCUCCGGCGAAUGCGCGGGUGGCGCCACCGGGGUAUUACAUGGUGUUCGCAGUUUACCAAGGAGUGCCAAGUGUGGCCAAGUGGGUCCAAUUGGUGCCAUAAUUUCAUAAAAUUAUUAAUACAUUUAAUUUGUUUCAAAAACAAAAAAUUGAAAAUAUGGUCUUAGAUGUCGGUUGAAUUAA